AUGAGUCUCCAGCAAGAUCAACUUUAUGAAGAUGAAGCCCAUCUCCAAGAUCAACAUGGACACCUCUUACCUGAUCUUAAUGAAAACCCUGUGUAUGAGCAAGAAAAUGAAAUCGCUCAUCUCCAGGAAGAUCAACUUUAUGAAGAUGAAGCCCAUCUCCAUGUUCAGCCCGUACAUCUUGAUCACAAUGAACGCCUUGGUUUGCAUGUCAUUGAUCUCAAUGUUGCUGGUUCUGAGGGAGAACAAGAACAUCAUAAAGGCAUGAUGGAAGACAUGCAUGACUAUGGUGUUUACGCAGAUGCUGUGGACAUAGUCUUCGAUGAAGAGGAGUUGGAGGGUUCGGAUGUCGAAGAAGAUCACCAUGCAAAUGAAAACAAUGCACAUCAGUCCAGAAAUUUGACAGAAGCUGAACGACAACAAAUCUAUGCAACAUUGCUUGAGAGAAGUGAUCAUGGAAGACUAAAAAGGAAAGCUACAACUAUAGUAGCACAAAUGUUCUAG